AUGGCUUUAAAACAAGAAGCCUCGCAAACCCUCGCUAAUUUUAUUUUUUAUUUUUUUCCAUUUGUUCAGAUUGGCGUACCGAGAAUCAAUUAUUUUGAAGAAUGGCUUAAGUUUCCAAAACCAACCAAGAAUGAGCAGCUGUUUCAAUUUAUAUUGUCGAAACGUGACUUGAGUGGUGCAACAGAAAACUCUCUGAAGGAUUUGAAGGCCAACAUUUCAAGAGUAUCAGCAAAACUUGAAGAGAGAUGGAAAGCCGCAGGAUGCAAAAAAGAAAACUUCCUCAAAAGGAAUUUCGAGUGGCUGCAAGGUCCUGAAUUCAUGUUCAACGUGUUGACUGAACAAUCUGUUCCUUCGUCAUCGACAAAAAGCCCACAAGAACACGGACCUGGUAGACCGCAGAAGGACUUUUCAGCGUCAAGCCUAAAAACAAAGCGGAGAAGAGUUUAUGACUCGGUCCAGUCGAGAACCACCAACGAGCUCUUGUUCGCUGCUGAAGUAUCUGCUCGAGCUUCAGGCAGGAGGAACGUAGCUCAAGCUAUCAAAAAUGUUACUGACUCCAAAUCCACAAAAGACAACCGAAGAAAUCAACGACAAAUUGAGCAGCGACGAAGCUUUGGCCUAUUACAUCGACUCCAAAUCGACCACGCAGACGUACAAGAUAACUCGCAAGAUAUGCAUGCAGAAACGAUCGAAGGUAUUUCCAUCUCUGUAUAGCUUUAGAAAGUCUUAGAUUGCUCGUUUUCCUCCGGAAGAACAUAUUGUUGUUACUGAAACUCGGGCUGAGAUGAAAGUUCAAGCAGUUUAAGAUAAAAGUGCUGAACGUUUGGUUUUAGUUCAAGAAGUUCUUAACAAUCUUUUGCCUCGCUCUUCAUUUAAACUCAUUAGCAAGUGGAGUUGCGACGGAAGUUCAGGUCAACUAUGACUAACAUACAAACAAAAAUUCACUGAUGCUAAUGUAAUGACGCAGAUGAAUAUUUGUUUGUAUUUUCAUUCGUUCCCAUUCGAUUAUGUGAUGAACUCGGCAAUAUAAAAAGGUGUAGAAUAAUUAACUUUAAGCUAAUAAUAAUUUGUAAAUGACUGAGUUAACACUUUGUGUAUGAUUAUCCUUUUAUUGUAUUAAUUUAAUUUACGAAAUAAAAACUUUAUGACUUA